AUGUUGCUUUUUAUGUUACUUCUGUUUCAUUUAAACGGUUUCGAGGUCCACUCAAUCAGUUCCAGAGCCGGAAGGAAAGGAAGUGAGGGUCUCGUCUAUUCUCCACGUGUGACUCAUGUAAACCCCGGCAAAAAGAAACGAUACUGGAGCAGCGGUGAGGAAAGUGUCUGAUGAUAUAAGAAAAAGACGGUUUCACUUUCAGAGCACCAGUCAUCGUCACCAUGUCACUCCAGUUCGUCCACAAUCACCAUGAAGGAGCCUACAUGCAGCUGAUGAAGGGUUUGAAAGAGUUAGACUUCCGUGACUUUGGUGUUCCCAGUGACCUGCUUCUGAUUGGAGACCAUGCCUUUCCUUUGGCGAUGAACAGCCGAGGCCAGGUGCUGAUGGCUGCGUCUCUGCACGGCAAGGGAAGGAUUGUAGUUCUGGGUCAUGAGGGCUACCUGAGAGCCUUUCCAGCUAUUGUAGAGAAUGCUCUGACCUGGCUGAGAGGAGAUCAGUCCAACAACCAGUCUGUGGGGAUCCAGAAAAAGGCAAUGGCACUUGUUAAGAACCUCAACAAAUCCCACUUCCAAGUCAAAGAGGUGGGGGCUUUUAGUGAAUGUCCAGAGGUUGGUGUGUAUGUGACAGAUGCCUACACAGUGGGUGCAGACCACAAGGACCUGGUGGCGUUUCUGAAAGCUGGAGGUGGUGUGCUGAUAGCAGGACAGGCGUGGAGCUGGACUAAGAGUCACCCGAAGAAGAACACGCUGCUUGAGUUUGAAGGGAACAAAGUUUCGGGGGUGGCAGGGAUCUACUUCUCUAAUCAUCAGGGUGAGAAAGAGGUCCUGCCUGUCUAUCCUCACAUCCCAUCGUCCUGGAUGUCUGUGGUGAUUGGGAAGGAUUUCGAGGAUGACUUAGAGUUCUUACUGAACGGCGUUUCAGAGUUUGACUUUCAGGGCGGAGCUUUGUUUUCUGACAUUCUGGUUCACGGUCCACUCGCCUUUCCCAUCGGAAUCACAGAAAAGGGACAGACGUUCCUGGCAGGAGCUUACUACGGACAGGGAAGGGUCAUUGUGAUAUCACAUGAAGGAUUUAUCGGAGGAGAGAAACACGGUCCGUUUUGGAAUAAUGUCCUUCACUGGUUGGAUGAAGGCCGACAAGGGACGAUCGGCGUAGCCCAUCAUCCUGCCCUCAAGGGUUUAAACAAGUCAGGAUUAAAGUGUGAGCAGACAAAAUUCAAGAAGGACCUGAGUGUGUUUGUGUGUACAGCAUACAGCGACAAUCAAGCGGAAGACAUCGUGGACUUUGUGGCAGAGGGAGGUGGCCUGCUCAUCGGUGGACACGCCUGGUACUGGGCACAGACACACGGUGGGAAAAGCCCAUUGAAAGAGUUCCCAGGGAACAAGAUCCUGAACAAAAUGGGAUUGAGUCUGUUGGGAGAAACGAUUGGAGGAGGUUUGUACAAGACUCCUAAACCAAGCCAGUUCAUCAAAGACAACUACCACUUUCGCCACCUUCUCCACUGCUUUGCUGGCCAUGUAGCACAGGGGGAUGAACUCACACAGGAGCAGGAGAAACAUCUUCAAAAGCUGGGCAAGGACUGUGCUACCUUCUUGAGCAUGAAUGCUCACGAAUGCUCCCAAUAUGCACAGGUUCUGUCUACUCUCACUGACGUGGUAAUGAGGUCAGGCAUGCCACAGGUGAAUGAGAAGUGUCCUGUGAAAAGUCCCAAAGACCACGUGCUUCUCAGUGUGGGAUCACAGUUAUUUAAGGUUUGCCCAAAUCCUGAUGCCCUCCUCCCCUACCUCAUAAAGGACAACCCACUGAUGGCAGUGGUUUACAACCACAAGAUCAAGGUCACUGUUCACACAGAAGGAUGGGUGGAGUGGAUCAGCACAGGCCUCUACCUCUCUCCUGGUAUGAAGACCUACCUUUCCAUACCAGAAGAGAUGGUCAACAAUGGAUGGAAGAUCCAGAUCGGCUGUCAGACAGACACACUGAAGCAUGACAAGUUGAAGAGGGCCCCAUGUGUUCAUGAGCGAUUUCCCCUCGACAAAGACAUGAUGCAGGUGUGGAACCUGUGGGGGGGGCUCAUCUACCUGGUGACGCCAAAGAAGACACAAGUGAAUGGUGCAGAGAUCGUCGUGCAGAUGGCUGUACCGGCGCCGUACUACAAAUAUGGCGUGACAACAGCAGCUGAAUGGGACUUGCUGCGCACUGCUCCCUCGCCCUGGGCAGAGCUGGAGUUUGACAACAUCAUCCUCACGGUGCCGUCCGAUGUGGUCCGGGACCUGGAGCGCCCCGAUGAGUUGGCGGCGCACUGGAACACCAUCAUGAAGGCCAUCGCUGACCUCGCAGCCAAACCACACAAAUUCAAGCACAAAGAACGCAUUGUGACGGAUGUGCAGAUUUCCCAUGGAUGGAUGCAUGCAGGUUAUCCUAUCAUGAUGCACAAGCCUACAGCAGCUGAGCUGGUCAGCAUUGACUUUGCCAUGAAGCGCGGUCUGUGGGGGCCCAUCCAUGAACUGGGCCACAACCAGCAAAGGAGCUGCUGGGAGUUUCCAUCACACACCACAGAGUGCACGUGUAACCUGUGGUCAGUGUAUGUGCAUGAGGAGGUGUUUGGGAUCAAGAGGGAAAAGGCUCACGCGGCGAUGCGACUGGAAGGUCGAGAGAAACGAAUUCAAGAGUAUGUGAAGGGAGGCAAGGACCUGAGCAAGUGGAGCGUGUUUUUGGCCCUGGAAACAUAUAUGCAGCUCCAGGAGAAGUUUGGCUGGGACGCCUUUAAGAAGGUGUUUACCGCGUACCACGAGAUGAGCGACUUUCCCAAAGGCAACAAACCAAAGAUGAACCUGUACGCUGAGACUUUCUCCAAGACUGUGGGGAGGAACCUGGCCCCUUUCUUUAAGUCCUGGGGUUGGCCGAUCGAGACAGCCACAGAGGAGAAACUCUCCAACCUGCCGCCUUGGAGUGACCACCCCAUGGUCCAGUAUGACUGAAAUGCUGCAUGCUGAGUAAAGUAAAGUGGGAUGGGUUAUUUGACUACAUAUAUAAGGGGACAGUAAAGAAAAGGUGUUAUAGUUAUAUUUUAGAUUCUUCAGCGUAGCCACCUUUUGCUUUGACGAUAGCUUUGCACACUUCUGGCGUUCCCUUCAUCAAAGCAACAAUAUUAAAGCAAACUGGGCUUUCAAUACACAGAACACUGCAUACUCAUAUCAGGGGACCAGCAUGUCUGACAGGUGCAUGACAGGGAAACAUCGGACCAUUCGCUAAAACAGAGGCUCAGAUGGAAAAAGAAUUCAGAUACAACGUUGCUGAUGAAUUUGUUUGAUUAAAAAUCUCAAAUCCA